UACCGGACUUCCAGAAGAUGGGUGAAGGUGGUGGGACACAAAUACCACUAUGGAUAUCAAUACUAGCCCUGGUCUUCAUACAGAUCAAAGUUCAAGCCCAGGGUGGUGAACAACCAACAAAGUCAGAGUAUGUUUCUCCAUCUCUCCUGCAGCGACAAAAACCUUUCAAAUCCCAAGGAGUAACUAUCAUUCCACCUUUUCAAAACACACUGAAAGUAAAGGCUGGCAACCCCUUUCACAAUGGCCGUGUGUGCAGCACAUGGGGUAACUUCCACUUCAAGACCUUUGAUGGGGACAUCUUUUACUUCCCUGGGGUCUGCAAUUACAUCUUUGCAUCCAACUGCAAGUCUUCCUACGAGGACUUCAACAUCCAGAUUAGGCGUGCAAUGGUGGAAAAUGCUACUGUGAUCACUCAUGUCAUCAUGAAGCUCGAAGGAGUAGUGAUCGAACUGACCCGCGGCUCUGUCCGGCUCGACAACAAAUUGGUCCAGAUGCCCUACAGCCAUAUGGGAGUCUUGAUAGAGAGAAGUAACAACUAUUUGAAAGUUUCUGCCAAGUUGGGACUGACCUUCCUUUGGAAUGGACAUGAUGCCCUCCUGGUGGAACUAGAUAAGAAAUACGCCAAUCAAACUUGUGGACUUUGUGGGGACUUCAACGGAAUUCCAGUCAGCAAUGAAUUUAUUUCAGGGAAGACAAAACUGACUGCCAUACAGUUUGGUAAUAGGCAGAAGAUGGAUGGACCCACAGAACAGUGUGAUGAUCCUGUUCCUCCUACUUCUCUGAUGAACUGCUCAAGAGAAUUUGCCUCUAUCUGUGAGACAGUAUUAACCAGCAAAGCAUUUACGAGUUGUAACAUGCUUGUGAAUGUUCAGGACUACAUUGACACUUGCAUACAAGACCUAUGCCACUGUGACAGCUCUAUGGCUGACUUCUGCAUGUGCAACACCUUUGCUGAGUACUCCCGGCAGUGUGCUCAUGCAGGUGGACAGCCCCUGAACUGGAGAACCUCAGAACUGUGCCCUAAAUCGUGUCCGUUCAACAUGCAAUACCAUGAGUGUGGUUCUCCCUGCUCUGACACGUGCAGCAACCCGGAACGAUCUGCACUUUGUGAGGAUCACUGUACAGAUGGCUGCGUCUGUGCUCCAGGAAUGGUAUUUGAUGAUGUUAAUGGUGCUGGCUGCAUUCCCCGUGGAGAAUGCCACUGUACCUAUGAAGGUGAAACUUACGCUCCUGGAGCCUCCUUCGCAUCUAAAUGCAGAUCAUGUACCUGUAUUGGAGGUGAAUGGUCUUGUGUCACUCAGUCGUGCCCCGGGACUUGCAGUAUUGAAGGAGGUUCCCACAUUUCAACAUUUGAUGAGAAAUACUAUUCCUUCUUUGGAGACUGUAGUUAUGUCCUAACCAAGCUCUGUGACAGCAAUGAAUUCACAGUGUUGGGGGAUAUCCACAAGUGUGGCCUGACUGACACUGAGACAUGCCUCAAGGGUGUAGCCAUCAGCCUAAACGGAGGACAAACGAACAUUGUGAUCCAGCCUUCUGGGAGUGUAUUUGUGAAUAUGAUCUACACACAGUUACCAUUCUCAGCAGCAAAUGUCACCAUCUUUAGGCCUUCAUCUUUCUUCAUAAUUCUGCAAACAACAUUUGGUCUUCAGCUACAGGUUCAACUCGUGCCUUCAAUGCAAGUUUUUAUAGACUUAGACCCAUCACAUAAAGGGCAGACCUGUGGUCUCUGUGGAAACUUCAAUGAUGUACAGACAGAUGAUUUCAAAACCACCAGUGGUGUGAUAGAGGGCACUUCAGCUGCCUUUGGCAAUACUUGGAAAACUCGGGCUGAUUGUCCUGAUGCCAAAAAUACCUUUGAGGACCCCUGUACUGUCAGCAUACAAAAUGACCAGUAUGCUCAGCACUGGUGUGGACUGCUCUCUGAUACCAUGGGACCUUUUGCUGAAUGUCACUCAACAGUGAAUCCAGAAGUUUACCAGAAGAACUGUAUGUUUGACACGUGUAACUGUGAGAAGAGUGAGGACUGCAUGUGUGCUGCCCUUUCCAGCUAUGUCAGAGCCUGUGCUGCUAAAGGAGUUCUCCUCAAUGGAUGGAGGAGCAAAGCCUGCACAAAAUACACCACCUUGUGUCCAAAGUCUUUGAAGUACACCUACAAUGUCGAUUCCUGUCAACCCACCUGCCGGUCUCUGAGUGAGCCUGAUGUCACAUGCAGUAUCAAGUUUGUCCCAGUUGAUGGCUGCACCUGCGUAAAUGGAACCUACAUGGAUGAGAGUGGCAAAUGUGUGCCUGCUUCCAGCUGUCCUUGUUAUUACAAAGGAAUGCCUCUGUCUUCUGGAGAAGUUGUUCAUGAUAAUGGCGUUAUCUGCACUUGUGCCUAUGGAAAGCUGAGCUGCAUUGGAGAGAAGCCUGAACCAGUCUGUAUGCCUCCCAUGGUUUAUGUUGACUGUGGCAAUGCCACUGCAAAUGUGGUAGGAGCAGGAUGCCAGAAGAGCUGUCAGACUCUAGAUAUGGAAUGUUACAAAACUCACUGUGUCUCUGGCUGUGUAUGCCCUCAUGAUCAAGUGUUGGAUGGCAAAGGUGGCUGUAUAGCUCCAGAAGACUGUCCAUGUAUUCACAAUGGGAAUUCCUACAGUCCAGGAGAAUCAAUCAGAGUUGGCUGUAACACCUGCACAUGCAGAAACAGAAAAUGGCAAUGCUCUGAGGAACCCUGCCUGGAAACAUGUUCUGUUUAUGGAGAUGGGCAUUAUACCACCUUUGAUGGCAAACGCUUUGAUUUUGAAGGAGACUGUGAAUAUGUUCUGGUCCAGAACUACUGUGGUCAACAAGCUAUGAAUCAGGGAACCUUCAGUGUCAUCACUGAGAACAUUCCAUGUGGCACUACGGGAACUACCUGCUCUAAGUCUAUUAAAGUUUUCCUGGGUAACUAUGAGCUAGUACUCAGUGAUGGACACUCUGAUGUCAUCCAGAGGACACCUGGAGGAAAAAUGCCAUUCCAAAUCCGUUCCAUGGGCAUCUACCUGGUAGUUGACACUACUGUUGGUCUGAUACUCAUGUGGGACAAGAAAACCAGUAUAUUCAUCAAACUUAGUCCCAGCUUUCAGGGACAUGUCUGUGGACUUUGUGGAAACUAUGAUGGCAAUGGAAAUAAUGACUUCACUACUCGCAGUCAGUCUGUGGUAGGAAAUGUACUGGAGUUUGCCAAUAGCUGGAAAGUGUCUUCUAGUUGCCCAAAUGCCAAUCGUACACAGGAUCCAUGCACUGCAAACCCAUACAGGAAAGCCUGGGCACAGAAGCAAUGCAGCAUCAUUACCAGUGAAGUGUUUGCAAAGUGUCACUCACAGGUUGAACCAAAUGAGUAUUACCAAGCAUGUGUGGAUGAUGCUUGUGCCUGCGACACUGGAGGAGACUGUGAAUGCUUCUGCACAGCAGUAGCUGCCUAUGCUCAAGCAUGUAAUGAGAUGGACAUCUGCAUAUCAUGGAGAACCCCAUCCAUUUGUCCUCUGUUCUGUGAUUACUACAAUCCACAAGGGGAAUGUGAGUGGCACUACAAGCCAUGUGGAGCACCUUGUAUGAAGACCUGCAAUAAUCCAAGUGGAAAAUGCCUUCAUGAGAUGAGGGGUUUGGAAGGCUGCUAUCCACAAUGUCCAAAGAAUAAGCCCUAUUUUGAUGAAGAAACCAUGACUUGUGUUUCUAAUUGUGGUUGUUAUGAAGAUGGAAAAAAUUACAAACCAGGAAUGGAGAUGCCUUCAAAGCAGAACUGUGAAUCAUGCGAAUGCACAAUUCAUGGCAAAAAAUGCAGAUAUGAUGAACAUGAAUGCAUCUGUAUUUAUGAGGGGCAGAAAUACAACUACAAUGAUGUGAUCUACAACACUACAGAUGGAACAGGAUGGUGUAUUGUUGCAAUCUGUGGUCCCAAUGGAACGCUUCAAAGGUUUAUCCAUGAAUGUCUAGUCUCAACAUCACCCACAACAGCAACGACAUUUCACUUCAGCUCUACACCACCUUCCACUACUUCCACAGUGUCACCAACUACAUCAGUAUGUGUUCAUGAAGUCUGUGAGUGGUCAGAAUGGUAUGACGGGAGUCUACAAACCCCUGGCUAUGAUGGGGGAGAUUUUGAAACUUUUGAUGAUUUACGAGCGAAAGGUUAUGAAGUCUGUAAAGCCCCACGGGCUGUAGAAUGCAGAGCAGAAAAGUUUCCUGAUAUACCACUGAAAGACCUUGGCCAAAAAGUAGAAUGCAGUACAACACAAGGGCUUAUAUGUUACAACAAGGAUCAAAUUUCAACAAUGUGCAACAAUUACGAAAUCCGAAUCCUCUGCUGUGUCUUUGUACCAUGCUCAUCAACAACGCCUUUCAGCACAUCAACCCCGGUCACAACUCCAGCUACAACUCUGACAGAAACAUCUACUGAAACAACAUACUCAGUUACUACAACUUCUGAAAGUACAACAUUCAUGCAUUCAACUACUGAAGAAACAACAACCACAACCAAAAGGACAGCACCAGUCACCACAUCUCCUUUAACAACUCCUCCUUGUUUUAAAGAAGAAUGUUACUGGUCAAGAUGGUAUGAUGUCAGUUAUCCAGGAUCAGGUUACAAUGAUGGAGAUUUUGAUACGAUUGAAAACAUUAAAAAAAAGGGGUACAAAGUCUGCGACAAGAGAGAGGAUGUGGAAUGCAGAGCAGUGAGGUUCCCUAAUACACCGUAUCGUCAACUGGAGCAACACAUAAUGUGUAACAAAGAAGAAGGGUUAAAAUGUUACAAUAAAGAUCAGCUGCCACCCAUCUGCUAUAAUUAUGAAAUAAGAUUUAAAUGCUGCAGAAAUAAAACAGUACCAUGUGGAACAACCACUGAAAAUCUUAGUACAACAACACAACCAACUACACUGCUUUCAAGUACAUCAUUCAGAACAGUAUCAACGACACCAUAUCUCCAAACAAAACACAAGACAACAAGUAAAUCAACAGUCCAACCAAAAACAGACUACAUCCAUACAAGAACAACAUCAAAACCAACUACAAAACCUCACAAAGAAACAACUUCUACAAUGAUAAGCAGCACAACAGAAAAAACUACAACAUACUCAAAAACCACCUGUGAACCCGAAGUGUGCAGCUGGAGCGAGUGGUUCGACGUCGACUUCCCCUCCUCGGGGCCCAACCAGGGAGACUUUGAAACCUACCAGCACAUCCGCGCCGCCGGCAAGCGAGUCUGCCAGCAGCCAAAGCAGAUCGAGUGCCGGGCAGAGGACUACCCCGACGUUGCCAUCCAAGAGGUCGGACAGGUCGUGCAGUGCGACGUCCACUUUGGACUGGUGUGCAAGAACGAGGACCAGACGGGCAAAUUCAAGAUGUGCCUCAACUACAAGAUCCGCGUGCUCUGCUGCAGCCCCAACUACAACUGCGUAACCACCACCAGCCCCACCACCAGCACCACGAGCACAACCAUGCCGUCCUCCACCACGGUGACCACCUCCACCUCCACGCCCUACAUCUCCAGCACUACAUCUCCCACCUCAACAGAAAUCAUCAGCACUUCCACCAGCACCACCAGCCCCACGCCAACGUCGCCUACCACAUCCUCCACCACCACGCCCUCCGUCUCCACCCCCUGUGAACCCGAAGUGUGCAGCUGGAGCGAGUGGUUCGACGUCGACUUCCCCUCCUCGGGGCCCAACCAGGGAGACUUUGAAACCUACCAGCACAUCCGCGCCGCCGGCAAGCGAGUCUGCCAGCAGCCAAAGCAGAUCGAGUGCCGGGCAGAGGACUACCCCGACGUUGCCAUCCAAGAGGUCGGACAGGUCGUGCAGUGCGACGUCCACUUUGGACUGGUGUGCAAGAACGAGGACCAGACGGGCAAAUUCAAGAUGUGCCUCAACUACAAGAUCCGCGUGCUCUGCUGCAGCCCCAACCACAACUGCGUAACCCCCACCCCCUCGACCACCACCAGCCCCACCACCAGCACCACGAGCACAACCAUGCCGUCCUCCACCACGGUGACCACCUCCACCUCCACGCCCUACAUCUCCAGCACUACAUCUCCCACCUCAACAGAAAUCAUCAGCACUUCCACCAGCACCACCAGCCCCACGCCAACGUCGCCUACCACAUCCUCCACCACCACGCCCUCCGUCUCCACCCCCUGUGAACCCGAAGUGUGCAGCUGGAGCGAGUGGUUCGACGUCGACUUCCCCUCCUCGGGGCCCAACCAGGGAGACUUUGAAACCUACCAGCACAUCCGCGCCGCCGGCAAGCGAGUCUGCCAGCAGCCAAAGCAGAUCGAGUGCCGGGCAGAGGACUACCCCGACGUUGCCAUCCAAGAGGUCGGACAGGUCGUGCAGUGCGACGUCCACUUUGGACUGGUGUGCAAGAACGAGGACCAGACGGGCAAAUUCAAGAUGUGCCUCAACUACAAGAUCCGCGUGCUCUGCUGCAGCCCCAACCACAACUGCGUAACCCCCACCCCCUCGACCACCACCAGCCCCACCACCAGCACCACGAGCACAACCAUGCCGUCCUCCACCACGGUGACCACCUCCACCUCCACGCCCUACACCUCCAGCACUACAUCUCCCACCUCAACAGAAAUCAUCAGCACUUCCACCAGCACCACCAGCCCCACGCCAACGUCGCCUACCACAUCCUCCACCACCACGCCCUCCGUCUCCACCCCCUGUGAACCCGAAGUGUGCAGCUGGAGCGAGUGGUUCGACGUCGACUUCCCCUCCUCGGGGCCCAACCAGGGAGACUUUGAAACCUACCAGCACAUCCGCGCCGCCGGCAAGCGAGUCUGCCAGCAGCCAAAGCAGAUCGAGUGCCGGGCAGAGGACUACCCCGACGUUGCCAUCCAAGAGGUCGGACAGGUCGUGCAGUGCGACGUCCACUUUGGACUGGUGUGCAAGAACGAGGACCAGACGGGCAAAUUCAAGAUGUGCCUCAACUACAAGAUCCGCGUGCUCUGCUGCAGCCCCAACCACAACUGCGUAACCCCCACCCCCUCGACCACCACCAGCCCCACCACCAGCACCACGAGCACAACCAUGCCGUCCUCCACCACGGUGACCACCUCCACCUCCACGCCCUACAUCUCCAGCACUACAUCUCCCACCUCAACAGAAAUCAUCAGCACUUCCACCAGCACCACCAGCCCCACGCCAACGUCGCCUACCACAUCCUCCACCACCACGCCCUCCGUCUCCACCCCCUGUGAACCCGAAGUGUGCAGCUGGAGCGAGUGGUUCGACGUCGACUUCCCCUCCUCGGGGCCCAACCAGGGAGACUUUGAAACCUACCAGCACAUCCGCGCCGCCGGCAAGCGAGUCUGCCAGCAGCCAAAGCAGAUCGAGUGCCGGGCAGAGGACUACCCCGACGUUGCCAUCCAAGAGGUCGGACAGGUCGUGCAGUGCGACGUCCACUUUGGACUGGUGUGCAAGAACGAGGACCAGACGGGCAAAUUCAAGAUGUGCCUCAACUACAAGAUCCGCGUGCUCUGCUGCAGCCCCAACCACAACUGCGUAACCCCCACCCCCUCGACCACCACCAGCACCACGAGCACAACCAUGCCGUCCUCCACCACGGUGACCACCUCCACCUCCACGCCCUACAUCUCCAGCACUACAUCUCCCACCUCAACAGAAAUCAUCAGCACUUCCACCAGCACCACCAGCCCCACGCCAACGUCGCCUACCACAUCCUCCACCACCACGCCCUCCGUCUCCACCCCCUGUGAACCCGAAGUGUGCAGCUGGAGCGAGUGGUUCGACGUCGACUUCCCCUCCUCGGGGCCCAACCAGGGAGACUUUGAAACCUACCAGCACAUCCGCGCCGCCGGCAAGCGAGUCUGCCAGCAGCCAAAGCAGAUCGAGUGCCGGGCAGAGGACUACCCCGACGUUGCCAUCCAAGAGGUCGGACAGGUCGUGCAGUGCGACGUCCACUUUGGACUGGUGUGCAAGAACGAGGACCAGACGGGCAAAUUCAAGAUGUGCCUCAACUACAAGAUCCGCAUGCUCUGCUGCAGCCCCAACCACAACUGCGUAACCCCCACCCCCUCGACCACCACCAGCACCACGAGCACAACCAUGCCGUCCUCCACCACGGUGACCACCUCCACCUCCACGCCCUACAUCUCCAGCACUACAUCUCCCACCUCAACAGAAAUCAUCAGCACUUCCACCAGCACCACCAGCCCCACGCCAACGUCGCCUACCACAUCCUCCACCACCACGCCCUCCGUCUCCACCCCCUGUGAACCCGAAGUGUGCAGCUGGAGCGAGUGGUUCGACGUCGACUUCCCCUCCUCGGGGCCCAACCAGGGAGACUUUGAAACCUACCAGCACAUCCGCGCCGCCGGCAAGCGAGUCUGCCAGCAGCCAAAGCAGAUCGAGUGCCGGGCAGAGGACUACCCCGACGUUGCCAUCCAAGAGGUCGGACAGGUCGUGCAGUGCGACGUCCACUUUGGACUGGUGUGCAAGAACGAGGACCAGACGGGCAAAUUCAAGAUGUGCCUCAACUACAAGAUCCGCGUGCUCUGCUGCAGCCCCAACCACAACUGCGUAACCCCCACCCCCUCGACCACCACCAGCCCCACCACCAGCACCACGAGCACAACCAUGCCGUCCUCCACCACGGUGACCACCUCCACCUCCACGCCCUACAUCUCCAGCACUACAUCUCCCACCUCAACAGAAAUCAUCAGCACUUCCACCAGCACCACCAGCCCCACGCCAACGUCGCCUACCACAUCCUCCACCACCACGCCCUCCAUCUCCACCCCCUGUGAACCCGAAGUGUGCAGCUGGAGCGAGUGGUUCGACGUCGACUUCCCCUCCUCGGGGCCCAACCAGGGAGACUUUGAAACCUACCAGCACAUCCGCGCCGCUGGCAAGCGAGUCUGCCAGCAGCCAAAGCAGAUCGAAUGCCGGGCAGAGGACUACCCCGACGUUGCCAUCCAAGAGGUCGGACAGGUCGUGCAGUGCGACGUCCACUUUGGACUGGUGUGCAAGAACGAGGACCAGACGGGCAAAUUCAAGAUGUGCCUCAACUACAAGAUCCGCGUGCUCUGCUGCAUCCCCAACCACAACUGCGUAACCCCCACCCCCUCGACCACCACCAGCCCCACCACCAGCACCACGAGCACAACCAUGCCGUCCUCCACCACGGUGACCACCUCCACCUCCACGCCCUACAUCUCCAGCACUACAUCUCCCACCUCAACAGAAAUCAUCAGCACUUCCACCAGCACCACCAGCCCCACGCCAACGUCGCCUACCACAUCCUCCACCACCACGCCCUCCGUCUCCACCCCCUGUGAACCCGAAGUGUGCAGCUGGAGCGAGUGGUUCGACGUCGACUUCCCCUCCUCGGGGCCCAACCAGGGAGACUUUGAAACCUACCAGCACAUCCGCGCCGCCGGCAAGCGAGUCUGCCAGCAGCCAAAGCAGAUCGAGUGCCGGGCAGAGGACUACCCCGACGUUGCCAUCCAAGAGGUCGGACAGGUCGUGCAGUGCGACGUCCACUUUGGACUGGUGUGCAAGAACGAGGACCAGACGGGCAAAUUCAAGAUGUGCCUCAACUACAAGAUCCGCGUGCUCUGCUGCAGCCCCAACCACAACUGCGUAACCCCCACCCCCUCGACCACCACCAGCACCACGAGCACAACCAUGCCGUCCUCCACCACGGUGACCACCUCCACCUCCACGCCCUACAUCUCCAGCACUACAUCUCCCACCUCAACAGAAAUCAUCAGCACUUCCACCAGCACCACCAGCCCCACGCCAACGUCGCCUACCACAUCCUCCACCACCACGCCCUCCGUCUCUACCCCCUGUGAACCCGAAGUGUGCAGCUGGAGCGAGUGGUUCGACGUCGACUUCCCCUCCUCGGGGCCCAACCAGGGAGACUUUGAAACCUACCAGCACAUCCGCGCCGCCGGCAAGCGAGUCUGCCAGCAGCCAAAGCAGAUCGAGUGCCGGGCAGAGGACUACCCCGACGUUGCCAUCCAAGAGGUCGGACAGGUCGUGCAGUGCGACGUCCACUUUGGACUGGUGUGCAAGAACGAGGACCAGACGGGCAAAUUCAAGAUGUGCCUCAACUACAAGAUCCGCAUGCUCUGCUGCAGCCCCAACCACAACUGCGUAACCCCCACCCCCUCGACCACCACCAGCACCACGAGCACAACCAUGCCGUCCUCCACCACGGUGACCACCUCCACCUCCACGCCCUACAUCUCCAGCACUACAUCUCCCACCUCAACAGAAAUCAUCAGCACUUCCACCAGCACCACCAGCCCCACGCCAACGUCGCCUACCACAUCCUCCACCACCACGCCCUCCGUCUCCACCCCCUGUGAACCCGAAGUGUGCAGCUGGAGCGAGUGGUUCGACGUCGACUUCCCCUCCUCGGGGCCCAACCAGGGAGACUUUGAAACCUACCAGCACAUCCGCGCCGCCGGCAAGCGAGUCUGCCAGCAGCCAAAGCAGAUCGAGUGCCGGGCAGAGGACUACCCCGACGUUGCCAUCCAAGAGGUCGGACAGGUCGUGCAGUGCGACGUCCACUUUGGACUGGUGUGCAAGAACGAGGACCAGACGGGCAAAUUCAAGAUGUGCCUCAACUACAAGAUCCGCGUGCUCUGCUGCAGCCCCAACCACAACUGCGUAACCCCCACCCCCUCGACCACCACCAGCCCCACCACCAGCACCACGAGCACAACCAUGCCGUCCUCCACCACGGUGACCACCUCCACCUCCACGCCCUACAUCUCCAGCACUACAUCUCCCACCUCAACAGAAAUCAUCAGCACUUCCACCAGCACCACCAGCCCCACGCCAACGUCGCCUACCACAUCCUCCACCACCACGCCCUCCGUCUCCACCCCCUGUGAACCCGAAGUGUGCAGCUGGAGCGAGUGGUUCGACGUCGACUUCCCCUCCUCGGGGCCCAACCAGGGAGACUUUGAAACCUACCAGCACAUCCGCGCCGCCGGCAAGCGAGUCUGCCAGCAGCCAAAGCAGAUCGAGUGCCGGGCAGAGGACUACCCCGACGUUGCCAUCCAAGAGGUCGGACAGGUCGUGCAGUGCGACGUCCACUUUGGACUGGUGUGCAAGAACGAGGACCAGACGGGCAAAUUCAAGAUGUGCCUCAACUACAAGAUCCGCAUGCUCUGCUGCAGCCCCAACCACAACUGCGUAACCCCCACCCCCUCGACCACCACCAGCACCACGAGCACAACCAUGCCGUCCUCCACCACGGUGACCACCUCCACCUCCACGCCCUACAUCUCCAGCACUACAUCUCCCACCUCAACAGAAAUCAUCAGCACUUCCACCAGCACCACCAGCCCCACGCCAACGUCGCCUACCACAUCCUCCACCACCACGCCCUCCGUCUCCACCCCCUGUGAACCCGAAGUGUGCAGCUGGAGCGAGUGGUUCGACGUCGACUUCCCCUCCUCGGGGCCCAACCAGGGAGACUUUGAAACCUACCAGCACAUCCGCGCCGCCGGCAAGCGAGUCUGCCAGCAGCCAAAGCAGAUCGAGUGCCGGGCAGAGGACUACCCCGACGUUGCCAUCCAAGAGGUCGGACAGGUCGUGCAGUGCGACGUCCACUUUGGACUGGUGUGCAAGAACGAGGACCAGACGGGCAAAUUCAAGAUGUGCCUCAACUACAAGAUCCGCGUGCUCUGCUGCAGCCCCAACCACAACUGCGUAACCCCCACCCCCUCGACCACCACCAGCCCCACCAGCAGCACCACGAGCACAACCAUGCCGUCCUCCACCACGGUGACCACCUCCACCUCCACGCCCUACAUCUCCAGCACUACAUCUCCCACCUCAACAGAAAUCAUCAGCACUUCCACCAGCACCACCAGCCCCACGCCAACGUCGCCUACCACAUCCUCCACCACCACGCCCUCCGUCUCCACCCCCUGUGAACCCGAAGUGUGCAGCUGGAGCGAGUGGUUCGACGUCGACUUCCCCUCCUCGGGGCCCAACCAGGGAGACUUUGAAACCUACCAGCACAUCCGCGCCGCCGGCAAGCGAGUCUGCCAGCAGCCAAAGCAGAUCGAGUGCCGGGCAGAGGACUACCCCGACGUUGCCAUCCAAGAGGUCGGACAGGUCGUGCAGUGCGACGUCCACUUUGGACUGGUGUGCAAGAACGAGGACCAGACGGGCAAAUUCAAGAUGUGCCUCAACUACAAGAUCCGCGUGCUCUGCUGCAGCCCCAACCACAACUGCGUAACCCCCACCCCCUCGACCACCACCAGCCCCACCACCAGCACCACGAGCACAACCAUGCCGUCCUCCACCACGGUGACCACCUCCACCUCCACGCCCUACAUCUCCAGCACUACAUCUCCCACCUCAACAGAAAUCAUCAGCACUUCCACCAGCACCACCAGCCCCACGCCAACGUCGCCUACCACAUCCUCCACCACCACGCCCUCCGUCUCCACCCCCUGUGAACCCGAAGUGUGCAGCUGGAGCGAGUGGUUCGACGUCGACUUCCCCUCCUCGGGGCCCAACCAGGGAGACUUUGAAACCUACCAGCACAUCCGCGCCGCCGGCAAGCGAGUCUGCCAGCAGCCAAAGCAGAUCGAGUGCCGGGCAGAGGACUACCCCGACGUUGCCAUCCAAGAGGUCGGACAGGUCGUGCAGUGCGACGUCCACUUUGGACUGGUGUGCAAGAACGAGGACCAGACGGGCAAAUUCAAGAUGUGCCUCAACUACAAGAUCCGCGUGCUCUGCUGCAUCCCCAACCACAACUGCGUAACCCCCACCCCCUCGACCACCACCAGCCCCACCACCAGCACCACGAGCACAACCAUGCCAUCCUCCACCACGGUGACCACCUCCACCUCCACGCCCUACAUCUCCAGCACUACAUCUCCCACCUCAACAGAAAUCAUCAGCACUUCCACCAGCACCACCAGCCCCACGCCAACGUCGCCUACCACAUCCUCCACCACCACGCCCUCCGUCUCCACCCCCUGUGAACCCGAAGUGUGCAGCUGGAGCGAGUGGUUCGACGUCGACUUCCCCUCCUCGGGGCCCAACCAGGGAGACUUUGAAACCUACCAGCACAUCCGCGCCGCCGGCAAGCGAGUCUGCCAGCAGCCAAAGCAGAUCGAGUGCCGGGCAGAGGACUACCCCGACGUUGCCAUCCAAGAGGUCGGACAGGUCGUGCAGUGCGACGUCCACUUUGGACUGGUGUGCAAGAACGAGGACCAGACGGGCAAAUUCAAGAUGUGCCUCAACUACAAGAUCCGCGUGCUCUGCUGCAGCCCCAACCACAACUGCGUAACCCCCACCCCCUCGACCACCACCAGCCCCACCACCAGCACCACGAGCACAACCAUGCCGUCCUCCACCACGGUGACCACCUCCACCUCCACGCCCUACAUCUCCAGCACUACAUCUCCCACCUCAACAGAAAUCAUCAGCACUUCCACCAGCACCACCAGCCCCACGCCAACGUCGCCUACCACAUCCUCCACCACCACGCCCUCCGUCUCCACCCCCUGUGAACCCGAAGUGUGCAGCUGGAGCGAGUGGUUCGACGUCGACUUCCCCUCCUCGGGGCCCAACCAGGGAGACUUUGAAACCUACCAGCACAUCCGCGCCGCCGGCAAGCGAGUCUGCCAGCAGCCAAAGCAGAUCGAGUGCCGGGCAGAGGACUACCCCGACGUUGCCAUCCAAGAGGUCGGACAGGUCGUGCAGUGCGACGUCCACUUUGGACUGGUGUGCAAGAACGAGGACCAGACGGGCAAAUUCAAGAUGUGCCUCAACUACAAGAUCCGCGUGCUCUGCUGCAGCCCCAACCACAACUGCGUAACCCCCACCCCCUCGACCACCACCAGCCCCACCACCAGCACCACGAGCACAACCAUGCCGUCCUCCACCACGGUGACCACCUCCACCUCCACGCCCUACAUCUCCAGCACUACAUCUCCCACCUCAACAGAAAUCAUCAGCACUUCCACCAGCACCACCAGCCCCACGCCAACGUCGCCUACCACAUCCUCCACCACCACGCCCUCCGUCUCCACCCCCUGUGAACCCGAAGUGUGCAGCUGGAGCGAGUGGUUCGACGUCGACUUCCCCUCCUCGGGGCCCAACCAGGGAGACUUUGAAACCUACCAGCACAUCCGCGCCGCCGGCAAGCGAGUCUGCCAGCAGCCAAAGCAGAUCGAGUGCCGGGCAGAGGACUACCCCGACGUUGCCAUCCAAGAGGUCGGACAGGUCGUGCAGUGCGACGUCCACUUUGGACUGGUGUGCAAGAACGAGGACCAGACGGGCAAAUUCAAGAUGUGCCUCAACUACAAGAUCCGCAUGCUCUGCUGCAGCCCCAACCACAACUGCGUAACCCCCACCCCCUCGACCACCACCAGCACCACGAGCACAGCCAUGCCGUCCUCCACCACGGUGACCACCUCCACCUCCACGCCCUACAUCUCCAGCACUACAUCUCCCACCUCAACAGAAAUCAUCAGCACUUCCACCAGCACCACCAGCCCCACGCCAACGUCGCCUACCACAUCCUCCACCACCACGCCCUCCGUCUCCACCCCCUGUGAACCCGAAGUGUGCAGCUGGAGCGAGUGGUUCGACGUCGACUUCCCCUCCUCGGGGCCCAACCAGGGAGACUUUGAAACCUACCAGCACAUCCGCGCCGCCGGCAAGCGAGUCUGCCAGCAGCCAAAGCAGAUCGAGUGCCGGGCAGAGGACUACCCCGACGUUGCCAUCCAAGAGGUCGGACAGGUCGUGCAGUGCGACGUCCACUUUGGACUGGUGUGCAAGAACGAGGACCAGACGGGCAAAUUCAAGAUGUGCCUCAACUACAAGAUCCGCGUGCUCUGCUGCAGCCCCAACCACAACUGCGUAACCCCCACCCCCUCGACCACCACCAGCCCCACCAGCAGCACCACGAGCACAACCAUGCCGUCCUCCACCACGGUGACCACCUCCACCUCCACGCCCUACAUCUCCAGCACUACAUCUCCCACCUCAACAGAAAUCAUCAGCACUUCCACCAGCACCACCAGCCCCACGCCAACGUCGCCUACCACAUCCUCCACCACCACGCCCUCCGUCUCCACCCCCUGUGAACCCGAAGUGUGCAGCUGGAGCGAGUGGUUCGACGUCGACUUCCCCUCCUCGGGGCCCAACCAGGGAGACUUUGAAACCUACCAGCACAUCCGCGCCGCCGGCAAGCGAGUCUGCCAGCAGCCAAAGCAGAUCGAGUGCCGGGCAGAGGACUACCCCGACGUUGCCAUCCAAGAGGUCGGACAGGUCGUGCAGUGCGACGUCCACUUUGGACUAGUGUGCAAGAACGAGGACCAGACGGGCAAAUUCAAGAUGUGCCUCAACUACAAGAUCCGCGUGCUCUGCUGCAGCCCCAACCACAACUGCGUAACCCCCACCCCCUCGACCACCACCAGCCCCACCACCAGCACCACGAGCACAACCAUGCCGUCCUCCACCACGGUGACCACCUCCACCUCCACGCCCUACAUCUCCAGCACUACAUCUCCCACCUCAACAGAAAUCAUCAGCACUUCCACCAGCACCACCAGCCCCACGCCAACAUCGCCUACCACAUCCUCCACCACCACGCCCUCCGUCUCCACCCCCUGUGAACCCGAAGUGUGCAGCUGGAGCGAGUGGUUCGACGUCGACUUCCCCUCCUCGGGGCCCAACCAGGGAGACUUUGAAACCUACCAGCACAUCCGCGCCGCCGGCAAGCGAGUCUGCCAGCAGCCAAAGCAGAUCGAGUGCCGGGCAGAGGACUACCCCGACGUUGCCAUCCAAGAGGUCGGACAGGUCGUGCAGUGCGACGUCCACUUUGGACUGGUGUGCAAGAACGAGGACCAGACGGGCAAAUUCAAGAUGUGCCUCAACUACAAGAUCCGCGUGCUCUGCUGCAGCCCCAACCACAACUGCGUAACCCCCACCCCCUCGACCACCACCAGCCCCACCACCAGCACCACGAGCACAACCAUGCCGUCCUCCACCACGGUGACCACCUCCACCUCCACGCCCUACAUCUCCAGCACUACAUCUCCCACCUCAACAGAAAUCAUCAGCACUUCCACCAGCACCACCAGCCCCACGCCAACGUCGCCUACCACAUCCUCCACCACCACGCCCUCCGUCUCCACCCCCUGUGAACCCGAAGUGUGCAGCUGGAGCGAGUGGUUCGACGUCGACUUCCCCUCCUCGGGGCCCAACCAGGGAGACUUUGAAACCUACCAGCACAUCCGCGCCGCCGGCAAGCGAGUCUGCCAGCAGCCAAAGCAGAUCGAGUGCCGGGCAGAGGACUACCCCGACGUUGCCAUCCAAGAGGUCGGACAGGUCGUGCAGUGCGACGUCCACUUUGGACUGGUGUGCAAGAACGAGGACCAGACGGGCAAAUUCAAGAUGUGCCUCAACUACAAGAUCCGCGUGCUCUGCUGCAGCCCCAACCACAACUGCGUAACCCCCACCCCCUCGACCACCACCAGCCCCACCACCAGCACCACGAGCACAACCAUGCCGUCCUCCACCACGGUGACCACCUCCACCUCCACGCCCUACAUCUCCAGCACUACAUCUCCCACCUCAACAGAAAUCAUCAGCACUUCCACCAGCACCACCAGCCCCACGCCAACGUCGCCUACCACAUCCUCCACCACCACGCCCUCCGUCUCCACCCCCUGUGAACCCGAAGUGUGCAGCUGGAGCGAGUGGUUCGACGUCGACUUCCCCUCCUCGGGGCCCAACCAGGGAGACUUUGAAACCUACCAGCACAUCCGCGCCGCCGGCAAGCGAGUCUGCCAGCAGCCAAAGCAGAUCGAGUGCCGGGCAGAGGACUACCCCGACGUUGCCAUCCAAGAGGUCGGACAGGUCGUGCAGUGCGACGUCCACUUUGGACUGGUGUGCAAGAACGAGGACCAGACGGGCAAAUUCAAGAUGUGCCUCAACUACAAGAUCCGCGUGCUCUGCUGCAGCCCCAACCACAACUGCGUAACCCCCACCCCCUCGACCACCACCAGCCCCACCACCAGCACCACGAGCACAACCAUGCCGUCCUCCACCACGGUGACCACCUCCACCUCCACGCCCUACACCUCCAGCACUACAUCUCCCACCUCAACAGAAAUCAUCAGCACUUCCACCAGCACCACCAGCCCCACGCCAACGUCGCCUACCACAUCCUCCACCACCACGCCCUCCGUCUCCACCCCCUGUGAACCCGAAGUGUGCAGCUGGAGCGAGUGGUUCGACGUCGACUUCCCCUCCUCGGGGCCCAACCAGGGAGACUUUGAAACCUACCAGCACAUCCGCGCCGCCGGCAAGCGAGUCUGCCAGCAGCCAAAGCAGAUCGAGUGCCGGGCAGAGGACUACCCCGACGUUGCCAUCCAAGAGGUCGGACAGGUCGUGCAGUGCGACGUCCACUUUGGACUGGUGUGCAAGAACGAGGACCAGACGGGCAAAUUCAAGAUGUGCCUCAACUACAAGAUCCGCGUGCUCUGCUGCAGCCCCAACCACAACUGCGUAACCCCCACCCCCUCGACCACCACCAGCCCCACCACCAGCACCACGAGCACAACCAUGCCGUCCUCCACCACGGUGACCACCUCCACCUCCACGCCCUACAUCUCCAGCACUACAUCUCCCACCUCAACAGAAAUCAUCAGCACUUCCACCAGCACCACCAGCCCCACGCCAACGUCGCCUACCACAUCCUCCACCACCACGCCCUCCGUCUCCACCCCCUGUGAACCCGAAGUGUGCAGCUGGAGCGAGUGGUUCGACGUCGACUUCCCCUCCUCGGGGCCCAACCAGGGAGACUUUGAAACCUACCAGCACAUCCGCGCCGCCGGCAAGCGAGUCUGCCAGCAGCCAAAGCAGAUCGAGUGCCGGGCAGAGGACUACCCCGACGUUGCCAUCCAAGAGGUCGGACAGGUCGUGCAGUGCGACGUCCACUUUGGACUGGUGUGCAAGAACGAGGACCAGACGGGCAAAUUCAAGAUGUGCCUCAACUACAAGAUCCGCGUGCUCUGCUGCAGCCCCAACCACAACUGCGUAACCCCCACCCCCUCGACCACCACCAGCCCCACCACCAGCACCACGAGCACAACCAUGCCGUCCUCCACCACGGUGACCACCUCCACCUCCACGCCCUACAUCUCCAGCACUACAUCUCCCACCUCAACAGAAAUCAUCAGCACUUCCACCAGCACCACCAGCCCCACGCCAACGUCGCCUACCACAUCCUCCACCACCACGCCCUCCGUCUCCACCCCCUGUGAACCCGAAGUGUGCAGCUGGAGCGAGUGGUUCGACGUCGACUUCCCCUCCUCGGGGCCCAACCAGGGAGACUUUGAAACCUACCAGCACAUCCGCGCCGCCGGCAAGCGAGUCUGCCAGCAGCCAAAGCAGAUCGAGUGCCGGGCAGAGGACUACCCCGACGUUGCCAUCCAAGAGGUCGGACAGGUCGUGCAGUGCGACGUCCACUUUGGACUGGUGUGCAAGAACGAGGACCAGACGGGCAAAUUCAAGAUGUGCCUCAACUACAAGAUCCGCGUGCUCUGCUGCAGCCCCAACCACAACUGCGUAACCCCCACCCCCUCGACCACCACCAGCCCCACCACCAGCACCACGAGCACAACCAUGCCGUCCUCCACCACGGUGACCACCUCCACCUCCACGCCCUACACCUCCAGCACUACAUCUCCCACCUCAACAGAAAUCAUCAGCACUUCCACCAGCACCACCAGCCCCACGCCAACGUCGCCUACCACAUCCUCCACCACCACGCCCUCCGUCUCCACCCCCUGUGAACCCGAAGUGUGCAGCUGGAGCGAGUGGUUCGACGUCGACUUCCCCUCCUCGGGGCCCAACCAGGGAGACUUUGAAACCUACCAGCACAUCCGCGCCGCCGGCAAGCGAGUCUGCCAGCAGCCAAAGCAGAUCGAGUGCCGGGCAGAGGACUACCCCGACGUUGCCAUCCAAGAGGUCGGACAGGUCGUGCAGUGCGACGUCCACUUUGGACUGGUGUGCAAGAACGAGGACCAGACGGGCAAAUUCAAGAUGUGCCUCAACUACAAGAUCCGCGUGCUCUGCUGCAGCCCCAACCACAACUGCGUAACCCCCACCCCCUCGACCACCACCAGCCCCACCACCAGCACCACGAGCACAGCCAUGCCGUCCUCCACCACGGUGACCACCUCCACCUCCACGCCCUACAUCUCCAGCACUACAUCUCCCACCUCAACAGAAAUCAUCAGCACUUCCACCAGCACCACCAGCCCCACGCCAACGUCGCCUACCACAUCCUCCACCACCACGCCCUCCAUCUCCACCCCCUGUGAACCCGAAGUGUGCAGCUGGAGCGAGUGGUUCGACGUCGACUUCCCCUCCUCGGGGCCCAACCAGGGAGACUUUGAAACCUACCAGCACAUCCGCGCCGCCGGCAAGCGAGUCUGCCAGCAGCCAAAGCAGAUCGAGUGCCGGGCAGAGGACUACCCCGACGUUGCCAUCCAAGAGGUCGGACAGGUCGUGCAGUGCGACGUCCACUUUGGACUGGUGUGCAAGAACGAGGACCAGACGGGCAAAUUCAAGAUGUGCCUCAACUACAAGAUCCGCGUGCUCUGCUGCAGCCCCAACCACAACUGCGUAACCCCCACUCCCUCGACCACCACCAGCUCCACCCUCAUUACCCAAAGUGAAUCUUCCUUUAUCACAUCUCCGCAUCUUAUUUCAUCUACUCCCUGUUUCUGCAAGAUUGGUGAUGCUGUUUUUUCACCCGGUGACCUGAUUUAUAACAGAAUGGAUAGUGAAGGAUGUCGGUUUUAUGCCAUCUGUAGCCCAACAUGUAGUAUUGAACGAUACACUGUGAAUUGUACCAUCACUACUUCACCAGCCACUACAUCGUCUGAGUGGUCUUCUGUAACAACAUCAGUUCCUCUGCCUCCCACUUCUACAAGUGCUAUUUUUCAUGGUUGUGUUUCCACUAUUUAUCCUCCAUUACAACCUGGAGAAAGAUUCAAAUUAUCCAACUGUACAGAAGUCGUCUGUAAUGGAGACAACGAUAUAAGUGUAGUACCAACAUACUGCCCACCUGUAAAGGAAAUUACCUGUGCAAACAAAUAUCCACCAGUGCUGGUACCUGAUGAAAAUGGAUGCUGUUACCGAUAUGAGUGUCAAUGUGUGUGUAGUGGAUGGGGUGAUCCUCAUUACAUUACUUUUGAUGGAAUCUAUUAUACCUUCCUUGAAAACUGCACUUAUGUCCUGGUGAAACAGAUUGUCCCUAGAUAUGACAACUUCCGUGUUUAUAUUGACAACUAUUACUGCGAUUCAAAAGAUGGACUCUCCUGCCCUAAAUCCAUUAUUAUUUUCUACAAAUCUGCAGAAGUGGUGCUGACUCGUCAACUCAUGAAUGAUGUCAUGACCAAUGUGAUGUACUUCAACAAAAAGAUUGUUGAACCAGGCUUCAAAAAAGAUGGCAUUUCUUUCUCCACUCUUGGCAUCAAUAUGAUUGUUGAAAUAGAAGAAAUUGGUGCUGUCAUCACCUUUAGUGGUCUGAUUUUCUCUGUGAAACUCCCACACAGCAAAUUUGGCAACAACACUGAAGGACAAUGUGGAACAUGUACAAAUAAUAAAGCAGAUGAAUGCCGCUUGCCAAGUGGUAAGAUCAUUUCCUCCUGUCCCCAAAUGGCUCAUCACUGGAUUGUUGACAACAACAAGACAUGCCAUGGAGUACCAGUACCACCAGUUAUAACCACACCUCCACCAAAGCCACAAUGUCAAACACCUCCGCUCUGCAAACUUAUCUUGAGCAAGAUUUUUGCAGCAUGUCAUACUGUGAUACCACCAGAACCAUUUUUCAAAGGCUGUGUUUUUGAUGGAUGUCGCAUAGACGAUGAAUCCAUGCAGUGUUCCAGUUUGGAGAUAUAUGCUACAGAGUGUGCUGCUAGAGGUGUCUGCAUUGACUGGAGAGGAAAGACCAACAAUACAUGCUCAUUCAGCUGUCCAUCAAGCUUGGUAUACAAGCCAUGUGGGCCCAUUAAUCCAGUUACCUGUGACCAAAGCUAUGAGCAUCCUAGCUAUGGAAUAACUGAAGGCUGUUUCUGUCCUGAAGGAAUGACACUCUUGCGUGCAGAGAGCAACAUCUGUGUCUCUGAGUGUUUCUGCAGGGAACCAAAUGGAAUGUCUAGAUGGCCAGGAGAAAAAUGGACAAAAGAUUGCCAGGAAUGUGUCUGUGACAAAAAUACUCUUAAGGUGAAGUGUACAAAACACAAAUGUCCUCCAGCACAGCAAGUAUUUUGUGAAGAACCAGGUUACAUGCUUGUUCAGAUACCGAUACCAGAAGAUCCAUGCUGUACUAGGACUGAGUGCUACUGCAACACAAGCCUCUGCCCUGACAUCACACCCCAGUGCUUAGAGGGACAGGAAAUAAUCACAAUAAUGCAGCCUGGAAGCUGCUGUCCUAUCUUUGAAUGCAGAAAGGGCUGUGUAGUCAACGGAACCUAUUAUGCACCUGGAGCUACCAUUCCAUCAGGCCCCUGUGAAGAAUGUACCUGCUCUGAAUCCUCUCCCUCAAGGCCUCACCACACUCUGGUCACGUGCGAGCCUGUCAUCUGUGACACGUACUGCCCGCUGGGCUAUAAAUAUACAGUGGAACCUGGACAGUGCUGUGGCACCUGCAAGGCAGCGGCUUGUGUAGUGACUGUGGGAGACAACAUUACACACGUGCUCCAUGAAGGAGAAUACUGGAACCCAUCUGGUGAUAACUGUACUGUUUACACAUGUGAAAAACAUGCUGACCAGUUCAUUCAAGUCGUCAAAGAGACAAACUGUCCUGCCAUUAACCUUGAUGAGUGUGAUCCAGAUGAUGUCAGAUUAUCUGAAGAUGGCUGCUGUUUAGUGUGCCAAAGAAUACCGAAACUUUGUAAGAAGCACAAUACUACCACUGUCAUCAACUAUAAUGGCUGUGUAUCUCCUGCACCUGUUGAGAUAACAUACUGUGAAGGUAGCUGUGAUGCUUACUCACGAUAUUCUCAAACUACAAACACAAUGGUGCACAAAUGCUCGUGUUGUCAGGAAAUCAAGACCAGCAAAAGAAAGGUGACUCUGACAUGCAGUGAUGGGACCUCCCUUGAUCACUCCUACACCUAUGUGGAGAAAUGUAGCUGUGUGGAUGCUGAGUGCAUCACCCAGCAGGAGACACAGCAGAUAAAGACCUCUCAGGAACAAGCGAAUGUCAAAAAUUAGAACUAGGAAGAAGCCCUCAAAAAAGGGCUGAGCAUAAGACUAAAUAAAGAAACUUCAAAAAAUACAAAAGUGUCAAGAGCAGCUAAAAUUUUGGAUGAACAGAUGAUAUUUUCUGCAUAAAUCCCCACUAUGUCUGUCUAUAGAAUUUCAGUUUUCAUUAUCAGUAUAUCUCUCUUUUUUUUUUGUCUUUUCUUUUACACCUUGAGUGUAAAAGGAGAAGGUCAUCUUGACAUUUUCUGUUUGUUUGUCUUCUGAGAAGUUCUGGACUUCUAAUAACAUUUUCAUUCCAGUUCACUGAGAAAAAUCAAAAGACAAAUCCACAAAACAAACAAAA